CAAAUACACUAAUCUGUUCUCCGCAGAUCAGAGUCUUUAGCAGUAACCCCUGAGAAAGAAAAGAGGGAAAAAGAAAAAAAAGCAAAACCCGGACAGAAACUUCAGCUAAUCCUGUUUUUUUGGGUUAAAACUAUAAAGAAUUCCUCAUUUCUUGAUUGCCCAAAAGCCUAGGUUCGUUGAAUUUUGUUCCAUUCUUGGGGUUGCUUCAUUUCCAAGAAUUUAGUGCUCGUUUUUGUUUGUUUCUGUAGUUAUUGUGAAGUUUAUGUUAAUGGGUGUUUUGUUCGGAAUUGAUCUACGAAUGGGGAGAAUAAGAGGCAGGAGAUCCAAAGAUUAGGUUAAUGUCAUUCCAUUUUCUUGUCUACUUUUGGGCAGUUGACUUGGGGAGAUUUUUCAGUGGUUAGAGCGACCAAGAUUGCUGUUUUCUGGGAUUUCUAUGUAUGAGGAAUUGAUGUAGUGAGAUUUUCGGGGAGUGGAGUUGGCGGGAUUACACUUAUCUGGGGUGUCUGUUUUGUGAAUCAAGAAUUGGGAUAUAGUGGAAGUGUGAUUUGGGCUUCGAGGUUGGUGAAUGAUGGAAUCCAGAAUGGAGCAGUAUGAGAUCAUGGAGCAGAUUGGGCGUGGAGCAUUUGGUGCAGCCAUUUUGGUUAAUCACAAGUUGGAGAGGAAAAAGUAUGUGCUUAAGAAGAUUCGAUUGGCUCGACAAACAGAACGCUGCCGGAGAUCAGCUCAUCAAGAGAUGGCAUUAAUUGCACGCAUACAACAUCCUUACAUUGUUGAGUUCAAGGAAGCCUGGGUAGAGAAGGGUUGCUAUGUUUGCAUAGUUACUGGCUACUGUGAGGGCGGUGACAUGGCUGAAUUGAUGAAAAAAGCCAACGGCCAGUACUUCCCUGAGGAGAAACUGUUGAAGUGGUUCACUCAACUGUUGUUGGCAGUUGACUAUCUGCAUUCCAAUUUCGUUCUUCACCGUGACCUCAAAUGCUCCAAUAUCUUUCUUACCAAAGAUCAAGAUGUCCGUCUAGGUGAUUUUGGACUUGCUAAAACUUUGAAGGCAGAUGAUUUGGCUUCUUCUGUUGUUGGAACUCCCAAUUACAUGUGUCCUGAACUACUUGCUGACAUUCCUUACGGGUUUAAGUCUGACAUUUGGUCUCUUGGGUGCUGCAUGUACGAAAUGGCUGCUCAUCGUCCCGCAUUCAAGGCUUUUGACAUGGCGGGAUUAAUAAGCAAGAUUAACCGAUCAUCCAUCGGCCCUUUGCCUCCAUGUUACUCCCCAGCCUUGAAAACACUAAUCAAGAGCAUGCUGAGGAAAAAUCCUGAACAUCGAUCAAGUGCGUCUGAACUGCUGAAGCACCCAUAUCUACAGCCUUACAUCGAGCAGUACCGUCCAUCAUAUAACCCGUCUGCUGCCACUUCACCUGAGAAACCUCUUUCAACAAAUCGUGAUGGUAGAAAGAAUAUGGCCGAGAGCCAAAGUAGCAACAGUUCUUGCAGUGACAGAGACAGCUUAAUGUCGUGUGAGAGAAACGGGUCGGGCAUCAUCAUGAACUGUGACCUUAAAGCCAACGAUACGGACUCAGCUUCUGCUGAUGAUGAUAUUGUAUGUGGGCAGCUUAUGAUGAGAGAGGCUCUCCAUGAGACGGAAUCAUUGGCUGUAAACACCAAGGAACGCGAUGCUGGGAAGCCACUGCACGAGGAGCGGAGAAAUAACAAUGAAACAAAGCAGCCGAAGACAAUUAAAAAUAUUAUGAUGGCUCUGAAAGAAGGGAAAAACAGAGAAAAUUCUCCAAUGAGAAGCAACCAUGCAAAAGCUAGUGGUGGUAGUAACCAGAGAAUUAUUGUCGAAGCAUCUUCGAGGGUCGCAAAACCGGGUCCUGUUAGUCAUGGUCUUAAGGGAAAUUCAGAGGCACCAGUUGCUGCAUCAGUGAAGGCUAACUCUGAUUCCAAUAAACGUGCACAAGGGAUGCAUUCUCUGAAGCAUCAGUUACCUGUGAUGGAAACCCCUCCGAAGUCAAGAGCCAGACACGAUGGAAUACCUCUCUCCAGUCCUGUAAAGCCUAUUGCUGAAGAAGGAUCUACGAGGAUAAGACAGAAAACACCUCCUACACUGGCUAGAAGACCAUCGUUUCCUGGACGGAUGCGGCAAAUGGGAUGUGACACUCCCAAUGCCAUGAAUAAUAAUACGAAUACUGGUACUAUAGAUAUUCAGGCUCCUGAACCUACAAAAUUAGUGCCUUAUAACUAUGAUUCGCAUACUUCAAGGGAAAUAAUGCAGCACUCCAAGAAGCCUGCAGGGCCAGGUUCUAAGAGAAUGCAAACAGAGAGCAGCAAUUCCGCGUCCUCUUCAGUAUCUAUCCAUGGAUUUGAGCUCCUUGAUGACGCAACGACUCCUUUUAUUUGCUUGCCGGAGCAGAUACUUCAAACUCAUGAGCAAGCUGCCGAAAUUGAAACCAUUAAGGCUUCCUCCUCUCCCCCAGAAGGGACAGGAAAUUGCCUUAGGGAACAUCACGAAAUUAACUGCCAAAUGAGCAUACAGCGAGCUGCUGAAGUUGAAAUUAAUGAGUCCAGGGGCAGCUGCUCAACUCCUUCCUCAUCACAAUCUGAACGAUUGGAAAAUUCCUUGCAGGGUUGUCGUGGGAACAACUGCAAAUCUACAGUAUGCUUCACCGAAACAUUUCAAGAACGGUUGGAUGAUAAAAUUAUGGAUGUGAAUGCUUGUGACCACAAAAUGAGUUCCCCUGCAAAGAUGGAGACAUCAUCCCCGAACACCAAAGAUUUAGUUUCGGGUAGAGAAGAUGCACCAGCUGUUGGUCUGAGCAGUAGGCCUGCUCCCACGGCCCAGUCGGAUCUCAGUCCGAGCAGUAGGCCUGAUCUUGUGGCACAUCCAAACCUCACUUCAGCAUCCAACAACGAUGACAAGUUCAUGGUGAAGAAACUCGUUUCCCCAGCAACAGAGAAUUCCUCUUCCACCGUCUCCCCUGUUUCAUCAAACCAGAAGAAUUUGUUGUCAGACAAAGCACUUAUUGUGCAAAAUGCAGUUAACGAAAAACCAGCCGCUGCUCAUCUCCCCCCAGUGUAUGAUGAAGUGAUACAUGUGAUUCGUCACAGUAGUUUCCGAGUUGGGACUGAGCAUCCAGUACUGGAAAACAUGGAGCGAACGGUGGAUGUUGGAAAGCUAAUAAAUGUGGUAAGGGAUGAGUUUGAUGUAAAAGAUCCAGUUUCUUCAUCAGCUUCGAAAUCAUCUACUUGCUCUGAAAAUACAACUCCCACUUCAACUCUCUGUGAAAACCCCAUCACCAAGGAAAUUGACAUGACAGAUACGAAUCCUCCCACCAUGGUUGCAAAGCAGGAUUCUUCCGAACCAGCAAAACCAAAUCCUUCUCCGGCACAGGAAGAAGCACCGGCAAAGGAAACUCUAGACGUCAAUUCCUUCAGACAAAGAGCAGAGGCACUUGAAGGACUACUAGAACUGUCAGCCGAUUUGCUUCAGCAGAGCAGGCUAGAAGAACUUGCAGUUGUUCUGAAACCUUUUGGCAAGGAAAAGGUUUCUCCGAGGGACACAGCAAUCUGGCUAGCUAAGAGCCUUAAAGGAAUGAUGCUCGAAGAGAGCGGCCGCCAUUCGUGAUUCCAUGGUACUAGUUUCUCUCAAAUUUUCUUGAUUGUCAGUUGAAGUUUUUAAUAUAUAGUUCAGAGCAUUUCUCCUUGCAAACUGAAACUUGUGACUUUCUCACCCUUCCUUUGGAUCUUUCUUUUAUUCAAUUUUCUUUUUAUUCUCAGUGCAGCAGUUGUAUAUAGUGUUAUAUAAUUCAAUAUUCUUUUCCAGUCCAGCAAAAUGUGGAAGCACUCUGUAAAACAUCUUGCUAAUCUAUCUUCUUUAUCUUGAGAUAAGUUGAGCUUCAUAUUGGUUGUAAGAAAUACAUGAAUGUCAUAUGCUUGAUGAAGAUCUCAUUUAUCA